AUGACGACUGACGUGGACGUGAUUCUAAAUCAACUCGGCUGGCAGGACGGCUUUCGCAUUCCUGUAGCUAAUGAGGAGAACAAAUGUUUGGAGGAAGAAAUUGUUAGGAAAACGGAAUGCAGGAUAUCGCUGAGCACAAAACUAGAGAGCCUGGAGGAGCGGCUGAAGAUGAUGAGAAAGCAUGCCAACGACGUUGCGUCGCGUCACGAAUUCAACCAGAAGUUGCUCAAUGAACAUUUGAUCCAGUUGGAGGCAGAGGAUCACCUCUACCGGUUGAGCGGCAACUUGGAGUCGUCGUUGCGCCAGGAAGCGCGCGAAUUUGAAAAAGAAUGGACAGACGUGAAUCGCAGAGUAUCAAACGUGGAGAAGGAGCUGCUGAGGGUGGAAAAGAAGCUGACUGAGACCAAGCAAAUGGUCCACUUCGACGAGAAUAGUCUAUGCAAGUGGGAGGAAACACUCGCACGUAAAGAAGAGGACAAUCAGCUGAUAGAGAACUACAUGAAGCAGGAUGCGCAAAAAUAUAAGGAAUUGGAACAGCAACGGCAGAAGCUCGGUACAGAACUUGAGACUUAUCGUCAAGCUAUCGUCAAAGCCGUUGACGAGGCGCAGGAAUUGGAGCUCGUUCUAGAUCGCACGGCAAAAUUGUACAUGGAGGCGUUGAAGGAGCGCAGGCAGAUGAUAAAUCAGUGGACGCAAAGCGUGAACGUUUUGCGACAGAGGGACAACGACAUACAGAAUUGCCUGAAGGAAAUCGAGACGUUGCGGGAGAUCGAUAAGGAGAAGAAGAAAGACUUCGAAGAAACGGGACAGUUUUUGCAAGAUCAAAUUGUAAACAAUAGGCAGCUGGAGGAAUCAAUCAAGCAAUCGGAAAAGGAACUUGCUGCGAUUCGAAACAAACAACGUAAAAUCACGGAGAUGAUCGGUGGUUACAACGUCGAGGUCUACCAUCAGAAGAAGUUAGUAGCAGAUCUCGCACGUCGCGUGCAACAAGUUCGUGCCAAUACGAAAAGCAAGAAAAUCGAAAUGGAUGAUAAACGCGCAAAGGUGGACAGUUGCAAAAAGCGGAUCGAAGAUCUAACAUCAACGUUAGAAGAAAUCGAAGGCCAAAAAUUGAACGUCGAGGAAAGGACGAAACGAUUGGAAAAGAUGAUUGAACAUAACGAGAAACGGAAAGCCACGAUCACCAAAGAAUCAAAACAGCUGCAAACCAUGGUUUUGCGUACCACGAAUAAAAUUAUAGAGCUGGGCCACGAGAGAAAAACUCUACAAAUGCAAAUGCAGAACGAACAGAAGAAGAUCGAUCUGCUCGCCGGCUUAUUAGCGAAAGAGAGAAAGGUUCUGGAGGACAAGAAGGAGCUGCUCUACCAUGUGGAUUUUAAUCUGCAGAAGUGCGAGAUGAAGCUCGAGCGAAUCAGGGGCCUCGAGCACGACAAGAGCGAAGCCGAGAAGAAGCAGAAGAGGAUCGAAGAGCUGCAGGUUGCACUGGGCGAGAAGACGGCCGCGUCCAAGCUGCUGCAAAACCAGAUCGCCACUUUGGAGCACGACAUGAGGAUAAUAACCAACAGCUUGACAAGCAAAAACGAUGAGAUCGAGCGGCUGAGGAGCAAAAAGCAAGACCUAUUGCUGUUGUUGGACGGAGGCGAGAAGCGGCUGAAGGCCGCGCAGUCCCGGAAUGAGGGGAGACAAGUGGAGGAGAGCAUAAUGCGCCUCAGGGUGUCGCAGCUCGAGCAGAUGACGUCGAAUGUGAACGACAAGGUGUACAAUCUGGAGAAAUAUCGUCUUCAUCUCGAAGCGGCGCUCAAGGAGCGCGCAGCGGAGAUCUCGGCGCAGAAGGAAGCGCUCACCGUGCAGAAGAGGAUCGCCAGUAACGAGUGCUCAGAGCUGCGCGUCGCCAUCGCGGAGAGAAGAGGCAGGACGCGGCAGUUGCAAACGCGAUACGACACCAGCCUCGCGGCGUCCGGUGCCACACCGGACGGGGCGCCGAUGAGCACCGCGUAUCUAAAGAUACAAAGCGCCCAGGAGCGGUAUCUGUUGCGGGAACAGGGCGACAAGCUCGACGAGAGCAUCAGGCGAACCGAACAGGAGAUACGCAGCAUGGAGGACACGUUGCGCGUGGUGAACGUGUGCAACGACAAGUACAAGGACAGCUUGAGCGCGGUCGACCAGGACGGGCCGGAGCAGACGGAACAGAAGAGGCUCGACGAGCAGCUGCGCGAGGCGCGGCAGAAGCAAUGCCAGAGGCAGUCGCAGCUGCAACGAUUGUUCGAUGAAUUGCAGAAAACGCAGAACGAUUACUCUCAACUGCUCAGUGACAUCGAGAGGACAAAAGAAGAGAAGGAGAAUAAACAGCGAUUCUUAUCGGGUGUCGAGAAACAAGUAACGGAACAGCAAGAGAAGAUGUCCAGGGCGGAUAAGUGCCUUCGCAAGGUGCAGAAGGAUAUACAAAAUUUGUAUUUUUAUAAGAAAGACGACAUUGUCCUCUUGCAACAGAGGGAGGUCGAACUGCGAGAACUUCAGGAACAGAACGCGCUGGUCCUUCAAGACAUCGCGGAAUUCACGAUUCGUCACGUGGAAGCCGAAGCGUAUGUCAAGAAGUUACUGAUGGCAAAAAACAUCGAGUUACCGUCCUUCUCCCCGUCCCUCCCCCCGUCGAUUAAAUCGCCCGUUAGUUCAUGCGGCAGUUCCACAGGCUCCGCGGAACAGCCUUUCAAAAGUACCAGCCGUACAAGCGUUUUCACAUCAUCGAGAGAAAGCAUCGGCAGUGUAAUCAAAAUAGAACCGCAAUUUGAGGAACCAACAAGUAGUGCGUCAAAGAAAAGUGUAAAAUACGAUUAUGCGAAAGUCGCCACGUCGAAGCGGCCUACUGUUACACGCACAAGAAAAUCGUGA